CGCAGGAGUGGCUUAUGGUUUUUUCUAAGCUUCCUUUUGAGUUUGCAUACAAUUGUCAAAUGCUGGCUAUUUUAAUCUUUGAGCAGGACAUAUAGCUCCUGCCAUAACGAGAUCUGCUGUAUGACUGCAUGUUAUUAUAGUCACGUUUGUUCUGCACUUAAGGUCUGGAUAUUAUAGGCUCCCUUCUAAAGUAACAUCAUGAAAUCUAUGAGGGAAGUUGAUCUGGAUACAUACAAUUUGUCUUUACUUACGGCAAAAGAAGACAUCCUGAAUCCACGCUCGUCAACAAACUGGGCUUUAUUUACCUAUGAUGGAAUAAUGAACAGACUCAAACUGGCUGAUUCUGGAGUAGGUGGAUUGAAAGAGCUGACGGCUAAACUUCACCCUAGACUGCCGCUUUAUGGGAUGUGUAGGGUGGGCAAAGCUCAACCCCGCAUCGCUAUGAUAUUAUGGGUAGGAAAUGAAGUGGAUGAGUGCCGCAGAGCUGAGUGUGCCAGUCAUUUACCUGCAAUCAGGGCCUUCUUUAAGGAAGUUCACAUCUUUCUUCCUGCCCACACUCUGGAAGAAAUCACAGAGGAGAGGAUCUGUACGCUGGCCUAUAAUGCUGCAGUGGUGACGCAGGGGCCGAGAGGGAGACCUGGCCGCCGGACAGGAGACAGUCAGGCCACUGUGGGCACUAAUUACAAGCGAACAAUCGCAGCUGCAGAGAUCCAGAGAAUUCAGAGAGAUUCUUUUUGGGCCCAAGCGGAGAGAGAAGAGGAGGAAAGGAAAAAGGAGGAACAGCGGAGGGCAGCAGAGGACAAGAGGCAGAGAGAGAAAGAACGAAUGCUUCAGGAGAGGAGAGAUGCAAUAGAGAGAGAGAGGAGGAUGAAUGAAAAAGAACAGAAAAUAAACGAGCAGAGGAGAAUAAAGGCGCAAAUGGAGGCAGAGGCCAAGAAACGUGAGAAAAUAAAAUGGGAGCACGAGGAAAGGGAGCGUGAAGAAGAGGAAAUCAGAGCUAGAUAUUCAAAAUCUCAAUCAGUGGAAAAAGCUGCGGAGGCAGCAGCUCUGGUGUCUCAGCGUACUGUAAACCCCAGAGAGUUUUUCAGACAACUGUCCUUCCCAUGUGUGCCCACAGCCUCCAGUCCCAGCUCCACAUCUCCAGUCAGUAGUCCCUACAGACGACUGCAUCGCAGUCAGACGGACAGUAUCUUCAGUUUCAAUGAAUCACCUUCAUCUAGACCUACAUCUCCAUACAGGUCAUCAGUGAUUUCACCUUACUUUCUGUCGAAUCCCACAUCCCGGAGCCCAAUCCUUUUCACUAGCACUAUGGCUUCCUCACUUCAGAAUGGUGCAAUGGAAUCUACCAAAAGCCAGUUUCAGCUAUCUUCACCAAAGAUGAUGGAGCCACGGCUCCAAACUCAACUAUCACCUACAACCAAUGCAACUGAAUCUGAUAUACUAGAUAGUCUGGUCUUUUAUCCACCUCCACCAACCCCUGAACAGCUCCAACCAGAUGAAUCCCAGAUAGUGGAUGAGUUUCCUCCACCUCCCCCUGGUUUUGAGAAUUCACCUGAACUAUCUGUGAAGCUGCCGGAGACUCUUGAUGUCCCCUUAGACCCUCUUCUUCCUCCAUCGUGUGUUUUGGUACCUGAGCCACCCACCAAGCCACUUCCUGCUCUGCCCGUUGAUCCACGAAUGCUGAAAGACCUGGAAGCGGAGAAGGAUUUUACUGCUCGGGCAUUGGUUAUAUCUACGGUGGAGGAGGAGGAGGAUGAAGGGAAUGGAGAAGAAGAUAUGAAAUAUGAGGGGAAAGAUGUGACUGAAGAAGAAGGGAAGGGAGGUGGAGUUGAAACUGGAGAGAAGAAGAACAGAGGACAAGAGGAACAUGAUGGGAAGACUUCGGAAAAACAUGAAAAUGAAAAAGAAUCAAAUGGUAAAAUGACGGAGAGAUAUGAGAGUGGAAAAGAUGGGAAGAUGUUGGAAGAAUGUAAGGGCGAAGGAAAACAACAUGGAGACAUUACUGAAGAACAUGAGAGUGAAGAAGAUAAAAGUGUGCAAGAAUUUGAUAGUGGGAAAAUUAUGGAGGAACAAGAGAGUGAAAAAAUAAGGUUAGAAUGUGUGCUAGAAAAAGAGAAGGAUAGGGAAAUUACAGAAAAGCAUGAGGAAGAUCGAAAAUAUUUGGAAGAACAGGAAAAUGAAAAAAACAUGGAAGAAUAUAAGCAAGAUGGGAAUGUUGUGGAAGCAUUCAACAGUAAAAAGGAACAAGACAAGAAAAACAUGGAAGUAUUUGUGACUGAAAAAACACAACAUGAAAAAAUGAUUGAAGAAUGUGAGCUAGAUGGAAAAACUGUAGAAAAAUGUGAGGAAGAACAUAAGAGUGAAGUUGGGGAAAUUAUGAAAGAACAAGAAGUUGACAAAUUCCAAGAUGACAACAUCACGGAAGAACAUGAAAGUCAAAAGCAAUUUAAAGAGGAAGCUGGGAAAACUGUAGAAAAAUGUGAAGAAGAAUAUAAGAGUGCAAAAGAAAGUGAUGGAAAAAUGAUGGAAGAACAUGGAAGCAAAGAAAAACGAGAUGGGAAAAUGAUGGAUGCAUUUGACAGGGAUAAAGAACAAGAUGGGAACAUCACGGAAGAACAUGAAAGUGAAAGGCAAGAAAACAAGGAUGAAACUGUAGAAAAAUGUGAAGAAGAAUGUAAGAGUGCAAAAGAAAUUGAUGAAAAAAUGAUGGAAGAACAUGGAAGCAAAGAAAAACGAGAUGAGAAAAAUAAGGAUGCAUUUGACAGGGAUAAAGAACAAGAUGGGAACAUCACGGAAGAACACGAACGUGAAAGGCAAGAAAACGAGGAUGAAACUGUAGAAAAAUGUGAAGAAGACUAUAAGUGCGCAAAAGAAAUUGAUGAAAAAAUGAUGGAAGAACAUGGAAGCAAAGAAAAACGAGAUGAGAAAAAUAAGGAUGCAUUUGACAGGGAUAAAGAACAAGAUGGGAACAUCACGGAAGAACAUGAAUGUGAAAGGCAAGAAAAUGAGGAAGAUGGGAAAACUGUAGAAAAAUGUGAAGAAGAAUUUAAGAGUGCAAAAGAAAUUGAUGGAAAAAUGAUGGAAGAACAUGGAAGCAAAGAAAAACGAGAUGGGAAAAUUAUGGAUGCAUUUGACAGUGAUAAAGAGCAAGUUGGGAACAUCACGGAAGAACAUGAAAGUGAAAGGCAAGAAAAUGAGGAAGAUGGGAAAACUGUAGAAAAAUGUGAAGAAGAAUAUAAGAGUGCAAAAGAAAUUGAUGGAAAAAUGAUGGAAGAAGAUGGAAGCAAAGAAAAACGAGAUGGGAAAAUGAUGGAUGCAUUUGACAGGGAUAAAGAACAAGAUGGGAACAUCACGGAAGAACAUGAAAGUGAAAGGCAAGAAAACAAGGAUGAAACUGUAGAAAAAUGUGAAGAAGUAUGUAAGAGUGCAAAAGAAUUUGAUGAAAUAAUGAUGGAAGAACAUGGAAGCAAAGAAAAACGAGAUGGGAAAAUUAUGGAUUCAUUUGACAGGGAUAAAGAACAAGAUGGGAACAUCACGGAAGAACAUGAAAGUGAAAGGCAAGAAAACAAGGAUGAAACUGUAGAAAAAUGUGAAGAAGUAUGUAAGAGUGCAAAAGAAUUUGAUGAAAUAAUGAUGGAAGAACAUGGAAGCAAAGAAAAACGAGAUGGGAAAAUUAUGGAUUCAUUUGACAGGGAUAAAGAACAAGAUGGGAACAUCACGGAAGAACAUGAAAGUGAAAGGCAAGAAAAUGAGGAAGAUGGAAAAACUGUAGAAAAAUGUGAGGAAGAAUAUAAGAAUGCAAAAGAAAUUGAUGGAAAAAUGAUGGAAGAACAUGGAAGCAAAGAAAACCGGGAUGGGAAAAUUAUGGAUGCAUUUGACAGGGAUAAAGAACAAGAUGUGACAAGGAUGGAAGAAUGUGGGCAAGAAAAUGAGCAAGAUGGAAAAACUGUAGAACAACAUAGUACAAAUCUGGAAGAACAUGAAAGUGAAAAUGAGGGUUGGAAAGUUGUGGAAGUGUUUGAGACUGAAAAAAUACAAUAUGUGAAAAUGAUGGAAGAAUGUGGACAAGAAAACAAGCAAGAUGGGAAAACUGUAGAAAAACAUGAACAUGGGAAAAGUUUGGCAGAACACGAAAACGAAAAUCAACAGAAUUACAAAAUGAUAGAAGACUUGGGGAUUGAAAAAAUACAUGAUGGAGAGUUCGUAGAAGAACGUGAAGGUGAAAAAGAAGAUUGGAAAGUGGUGGAAGUAUCUGAGACUGAAAGACUACAACAAGUGAAAAUUAUGAAAGCAUGUGAGCAAGAAGGAAUAAAUGUAGAAGAACAUGAGACUGAAAAAGAGGAUGAUGGUGAAAUCCAAGAUAGUAGAAGGUUGGACGAACAGGAUUGGAAAAUUACAGAAAUGUUUAAGAGCGAAAAGGGGCAAGAUGAAAGACAUGAAAAUGGGAAAGAACAAGAGGGUGAAAAAGAACAGGACUGGAAAAUGACAGAAAAUUGUGAGAGUGAUAAAAUACAAUAUGGUAACAUCACAGAGGAAAAUGAAAAUGAAAACAAACAAGAUGGGAUGAUUGAAAACCAACAGGACAUACAGAGCCAAGAUAAGGAAGGAAUGUCACAUGUGGAUGUAGAUAAAGCAGUGAACGUGACUGUGCUCAGGAAGGAGGAAUCAUACACAGAGAUUAUAAAGAGGGAUGGGACAACAGAAGUAGGUUUCGAAAAUGAGAAGGAACCUUUAAUCCAGAAAGAGGAGACUGACACAGUCUUUUCCCAGCAUGCAACACUUUACCCAGAAUCGCCAUCUCCAAUCAAUGACGCAUGUAUUCCUGAAAGUAUUUCAACCACUCAAGAUAAAAACGAGCUACAGAUGUGCUCAACUCAUACCUCAUCCCAAAUAAACUUACCAACCAUCCAGGUCGAGUCAGAUCUUUCUAGUUUGAGCAAUCAAAGCGAUUCAGACAUAAAAGAGAAUACUGAAUCUAUUGACUCUCAAGUUUCCUCAGAGAUCUCCAAGAACAGCCCAGAUGCCACAUCAGCAGAACAGACUCCUGCAGUGCAGGAUGAACAACAGACAGAUGCAGAAAUGCUUCAAGAGGAUGAGAUUGUGGACGGCAGCAAUGAUUCGGGUGAGGGGAUUGAUGCUGAGUCCAAGAGAUCACCUUUAUCUGAACAUCAAGCCAGGACUGGACAAUCAGAUGAUGGGGAGGGGCUUGUACCUGUCAGGCAUUUCCCUGAAGACACAGAUUCUGCUGCAGUGGACCUAAAAUAUUGUAUUACUCAUCAGCUGGAUCUGACCAAUGACAUUAGUGAUGUAGAAGUAGAGGAAGAGGCUAUAUCACUCCUAGCCAGUGCCACAGAUGCGGAGCAAAACUUAAAAUGCGAUUCUGACCCAGACCAAGUGAAUAAAGACAUUAAACAUGAAGGUCUGCAGAACUGCGAAAUCAUCGCAGAAACACCCAGCGACAGGAGGAAUGAUAACAGAGCCGAUGAAAAAUGAAGAACAUAAUUGGAGGCAUCAUGGGAACUCUGCAGCAAUCAUAGAGGAGCUCAUAUGGAGAAAUACGACCAAAGGAUGUUUCUCUUAACCAAUCACUGAAGGUCUUGCAGUGAUUUUCUUGAGUUAAUUCUCAUAUGUGCACAAUAAUGCCCGAUAUACUGUAUGUAAGUAGCACACAUUCGGGACUGUGUCCACAAAUGCACUCAAUAUACAAUGGGCUCCAAAUAUUUGAGACCACACUGAAAAUUGGAAACAUGUAUACGUUUAAAAAAACAUCUUAAGAAUAUAAAAGAGAAAAAUGUUAUUAUGUAAUAUAAAGAAGGUGAAUUCCUCAAUCAUGCUGGAGAACAAUCAUCAUGACACACCAAAUACUGAGACAUCCUAAACUCUUGUCCAUUUUUUCUAUUCAGCUUUUCACUUGUUAUAUUUAACCAAAAAUGCACUAUAUUAUAAAAGAAGUAUUUUCACAAGCAGACUCCGACUUUUGAACCCUACUGUUGGUUAUCUAUAGUUACAGAGCAUAUUUAUUAUUCAUUUUUCCUCUCAAGCAAAAUAAACUUGCUAGUAAUGUUGUUACUGUAUGGUUCUUACUUUCCAAUAAAGAUUUCUCUGCAACCAUCUGACAAAAUAGUA